AUGAAUAUGGCUCAAGAGAUACUCGACAAUUCUGCAUAUCCCAUGGUAGGUGGUGAUGGUCCAUACAGCUAUGCUCGCAAUUCCAAUUAUCAGAAAGAAUCACUGGAUUCAGCUAAGAAAAUGAUGAAUGAACUGAUUGACCAACAUCUUCAUCCUGAAAACCAUCUGCACUCUAUGAAUCCUUUCAGUAAUUCAUUUCGAGUUGCAGAUUUUGGAUGUUCUGCUGGUCCUAACACGUUCCACGCAGUGCACAACAUCAUCGAAGCUGUUGAAAACAAAUACAAAUCCCUACGAAUGGAAGCAGAGAUGCCAGAAUUUCACGUCUUCUUCAACGAUCAUGUCAAUAAUGAUUUCAACACACUCUUCAGAAACCUUCCUGCUACAGGACGGUACUUUGCAACAGGUGUACCGGGUUCUUUUUAUGGGCGCCUACUUCCUCGUUCCACACUACACUUUGCACACUGCUCCACCGCUCUUCACUGGCUCUCCAAGAUCCCAGUAGAAGUGACGGAUAAAAACUCCCCUGCUUGGAACAAGGGCAGAAUUCAUUAUACUGGAGCUGCUAGAGAAGUUGAAGAUGCAUAUUCAACUCAGUUUGGAAAAGAUUUUGAUUUGUUCUUAAGAGCCAGAGCACAAGAGCUUGUUCCUGGAGGACUAAUGAUGAUUGUAGCAGUUGGAUUCCCUGAUGAUGUCCAGAUAUGUGAGUCCAGUUUAGGCGAAAAUUUUAACGUUCUGGGAUCCUGUUUCCUGGACAUGGCCAAAAUGGGAAUCAUCACUCAAGAAAUGGUGGAUUCAUUUAACUUGCAUUUUUAUUAUCCAUCACCAUCUGAGCUGAAAACACUGAUUGAGGUGAAUGGAUUGUUUGAGAUUAAGAAAAUAGAGAAGCUCGUCUCUUCAAUCGCAAACAAACGGGUUCUGCUUGACGUUGAUGCCUGUAUCCUUCACUUGAGAGCUGUCCUUGGGGAACUCAUCAAGGAACAUUUUGGUGAAGGAGUAAUUGAUAUCUUACUCGAACGUCAUAGAGAAAAAUAUAUCGAGAAUCCUAUACUGUCUGAUGAGAGGUACAUUAAAGAGGCUAGCUACGCUGUCUUUCUCAAGCGGAAAAUAAGAGUUACUUCAAGAAGAAAUUCCAUAUAA